GCGGGUUCCUGUGGGUUUUUCUACCCGAUGUCUGUGCAAUUUGGCAGAAGGAUGAUGGGGUCUUCCUAGGUCGCCUGCUCUAGCUUCUCCUUUUUUUUUUUUUUGUUUAAAGGUUUUAUUGCGAGUCAUCACCUACACCCGUACCGUGGAUACGAAAACAGAGGGCGACGAUAUACGAAACUGGCGCAAAGAAAACAAAAACAAAAAAAAGGUCAACUUCACUCGAUCUUGGUUCACAUAUAUACCAGGUGUUCCAUGAAUGAUCAUUGAGGUUCCUUUCCAGCGUUGCAGUUCCGUAUAUUGACAGAGUCCAUCCAGCCUACCAGUCUUUUUUUGGAGCGCCAUCCAGAGGAGACCCAGAGGCGAAGAAAGUUUGGGUUGGCUUGGUCAAACGCUCGCGGGCAACCAUGGCCGACAUGAUACCCAUUCCCAUGACGGCGGCGGCACGCGAUGCGCUCGUCGCCGCCAUCGUCUUGUGCAUCAUGUAUGCCAUCAUCGUCGGCCUCCGAGUCAUUGGACGUUUGCGAUGGGGCAUACUUGGACUGGACGACAUUCUAUCUGUGGCAGCCUGCAUCCUGACCAUGACCACCAUCGGCAUGAGCACCGCAGUGUACACUGCAGGCGUCGGCUACGACCUUGACCCCAAGUCGCCAUACUUUCCGACGCUGUACAACAACCUCGAGUACAUUCUCAAAAACACCUUUGCCUUUGUGGGCGUGUACCUGUGGGCGCUGGCGUUUAUGAAGCUGAGCCAGUGCUGCCUGUACUGGCGGGUGUUUGUGACGCAGCUCAAGUGGUGGAUCAUCUGGACCAGCAUCAUCGUGCUCAUCUGGGCCAUCGUCCUGACCUUUAUCGCCAUCUUCCUGUGCACCCCGGUCGAGGCGCAGUGGUCCGUCGACCGCAAGCCCGAGCAGUGCAUGGACCAGAUCUUGGUCCUCAAGACCUUGAUCAUGACCAACGUCGUGACCGACCUCUUCAUCAUGCUCCUGCCCAUCUGGACCGUGUGGCAGCUCAACAUGAAGGCGGCGGAGAAGGCCACAGUCAUUUGUUGUUUUGGGCUGGGUACAGGGUGCUGCAUCAUCGGCAUCGUCCGCUUCGUGGAAAUGUUCACCAUCGAUCUGCAGGGCAACCUGACGGGCACCUCGCUCCGGACCUUUAUGCUCUGCGCCAUCGAGCUCUGCCUGGCCGGCUUCUGCACCAACCUCCCGAUGCUGCGGCCCUACUACAGGAGGUGGAGGAACAGGCACGCGCCGAACGGCUCGAGCAGCGGCGGCGGCUCCAGGUCGAUGGGCAAGGAGGUCGACGGCAGCGGCAGCCGCGUCCCCUGGACGGACCGCAUCAUCGGCGGGCAGAGGCAGCAGCAGAACCACCAGGCCUGGGUCGAGCUGGACGCCACGAGGGAUCGCAGCAACACCAAGAGCAACGACGACGGCGACAGCUCCGUCAGGGCGCUGACCAAGGACAGCGACGGUGCCGGUCACGGAGGCAUCCAGAUGACGACCGAGUGGAAGGUCGAUAGACAGUAAAAAAAAUUCUGCCGCUUCGGGUCGGACAGUUUCUUGUUGAUAUGAUAAAAAGAUGGGCAAUUAAUUAAUACAGAAAAAAAAAAACGGGUAAUGGUUGGUUAGUACACGGUUACAGAAAAGCUUGCGCCCCCAAGCACUGACUCGGAUGGAUCAGGUAGACAGACACGCUGAGAGGGCAUAUGUUGACCUAUCCUCAAGGUUCCUUGUCGUUGUAUGCCUGUCAUCUCAAGUGAGCAAUCUAUUUUUUACUACGAUUGGCCAUUGGCGAGAAAUCCAGGCUACGAUAUGCUAGGUUCUAUCUAGAACUAGUUCUAGUUCUAGACUAAAUAGAUCUAGUCUAGACUGGGAUAACUGUUGCAGUUCCUAGCGGUGCCAGUAACUACUUUAAUUUAUGCUUAUUUCGCUAGGCCGUUUAGCAUGCUCUCAC